GGUGUUCAUUGAGGCUCAGUGAGUGGUCGUGCUGGAUGCACCUAGUUUCACGUUUGAAGAUUGUCCAAUUACAUCGCAAGUCGCGAUUGAGAUGUAUAUAGCGAAGCAUGUGUACGCACGACAUUAGACGCGUAAAAAUUCUCUACAUCAAGACACCCGCGUCACGGCCACAAGGAUGAAGCUAUAUACGUCGAUCAAUUUCGAAAAGUAGACUUUCAUUCGUGGUUCAAGGCUAGGCGCCGCCGACAACAUGACCAAGUUUUAUACAUCGCAGUUGCGCGCAUAAACGAGAAUUAUCGAAUUACGUAUCCGCGCGAGCCGAAAGCACGCGUAUCGAACGUCGUUCGCCCCGUUCCACGAAGCGAAACCAUGCCGAGGCGAUGCACCGUCAUGGAAUGAAUACCAAUGAACUGCGCAAUGGGCGAUAUAGGCAGCGAUAGGUGUGGCGCGUGAAAAAGGAAAGGCGCGCGCGUUCCCCCGGAGCUACCGCGAGCGACGAGGAAUGGCGUAGUGCGCACGUGUAUGCACGCAUUCCGGGACAACGAAGACGCUCGACGUGGCUCGUAGCGUCGUUCCGAAUCAUCAUCAUCAUCAUCAUCGUCGUCAACAUUCGACCGACAGGAAUCAUUGCUCCGAUUCAAGCGCUCGCCGCUCGCAGUUGAUCCAGUGUGUAUGUCAUACGCGCUUUUCGCGCAUAGUACAGUGUUGUAUGUGUGUGUCAUUCCUGCGCCUAUGCGUCUCCAUUCGUCGCGCGGGGAUCUACGGAGCGGGAGGGGAACGACGGCGACGGCGGCAGUGACGACGCGGUGGUGGUGGUGGGGAGUGACGCGAACGAGAGAGUGAGAUUAGCUUGUGUGUGUCGCGCUCUCUCCCUUUUUUUUUCUCGCACGCGCGUACCAAUCGCGGCUCUCCGUCUCGCUCACGGGAUUGUCGCGCUGUCUCUCUCCCCCUCCCUUUCUCUCUCUGUGUCUGUCGCGCGCGCUGGCCCGUUCACUCGCUCGCUCGCUCGCUCGCUCGUGUCCGUCUGUCCGUCGACUGGCGCGCGCGCGCGCGCGUUAACGGAAUUCGCGAUCGUGCACGCAGGGACCACCGACUAAUGUUUAAAUGGACGCAUCGUCCAUUAUCACCCAAGUGUCGCGGGAUGACGAGCUAGGCGCAUUCAACAGCGAGAAAGCUCAAUUACCUCGGGAGAAUGAAGCAGCCAGCAAUAAUCCAUCGAGCGGCAAGAAGCCGAGAGGGCGCGGACUCCUGCGCUCUCUGCUCUGCUGCUUCGGAAGGGGUCGUGGUGGCAGUUCAAAGAGCUCCAAGUCGAGUUCUCUACAAGGAGACGGUCGUGGCUCGCCACCACCAGGCACCGGAUCUCCGAGAUUUCUUCUACCACCAGUCAAGCACCAAGACAUGCACAAGAAGUGCAUGGUAAUUGAUUUGGAUGAGACCCUGGUGCAUAGUUCUUUCAAGCCAAUCAACAAUGCAGACUUUGUUGUUCCUGUAGAGAUUGAUGGAACAGUACACCAAGUGUACGUCUUAAAGAGGCCUUAUGUGGACGAGUUUUUGCAGAGAAUGGGUGAAUUAUACGAAUGCGUAUUGUUCACUGCAAGCUUAGCUAAGUAUGCAGAUCCAGUGGCAGAUCUAUUAGAUCGAUGGGGUGUAUUCAGAGCAAGAUUAUUCAGAGAAUCUUGUGUGUUUCAUAGAGGGAAUUAUGUUAAGGAUUUGAACAAAUUAGGUCGUGAUUUGCAGCAAAUCAUUAUUGUAGAUAAUAGUCCUGCCAGUUAUAUUUUUCAUCCAGAUAACGCGGUUCCAGUGGCAUCUUGGUUUGAUGACAUGACGGAUUCCGAGUUAUUGGAUUUAAUCCCUUUUUUCGAGAAGCUCAGCAAUGUGGAAAAUAUCUACACAGUGUUGUGCAACAGCAAUCAUCCUUACAAUCAGGUGCCCGCACAGGCGGUGCAGAGUAAUCAGAAUUCGCCGGGAUUAGGCUCGCUGGCUGCUUCCUAGCCCCAUCUAAAUCCUGGCAACACAGCCAGUCUUGUCGCUCAAUGCACUUUCCAGAGAAUCCUGAGGGGACUGUUCCAUGUGAGUCACUUGCUGUGUGGCGAAGAACCUCGAAGUGCUCCCCCUUGUUGACCUUUGGAAGAACCACUUUGUUAAGCGGAGCCGAAUGUCCUAUAUCUUAAAAACGCGUCAUCCAAGUCGACACACAGUGACACGUAGCUGCUGAUAUCCUUCUUCCUGGCGAGAAACGCAAUGAAGACUGAGUCAGUUUCGAAGCGUGAGUGUUCUUCCAUUUUGCAUCAGGCAUCAAAGACGACGAACUGUAUCGAGCCUGUUUGCAUGGAUAAUACGCGUGUGCUCGAGAAAAAGAAUUUAGCAAAGGAUGGAAUCUCCGUCGAUAGUAGAAACUGCUUGCAGAAAAGUCACGAGAGAGGAAAGAGCGACGGUUAGAAUUAACAAUGGUGAUUGUAUACUGAGAAAGGAUAUAUGAAGAUACAAGAGAGAAGAAAGAAGAGAACUUGCUUCGAGUUAUUUGAUGGGCUAUAUUGUGCUAUUGCCAUUUAGUUUUUUCUGUUCAGAUCAAAAUACUACAAGCUUUCUAUUCAAUUAGAUCCGAUUACAAAGAAGACAUCAAUGCUCCAACUACGAUUUUGCAUGCUUCUGACUCGACGAUUACAGAACGUUGAAAGAGGAGGGUAACAGUAGCAGGUAGAAUUGAAAUUUGUAUAUUUUAUUUGUCAAUGUAAGAUUUCAUUAUAAAAAUGUAAAAAUUUUAUGUUAAUUUUAUUUUAAUUAUCAUUUUAGUUGUUUUUAAAGCUAGUAUUUUUUUUUGUAAAAACUUUAAAGAUAUUUUAGAAUUUAAUAUCAAAACAUUUUGAAUCUUAAAGUGUAGGAAUAUAAAGAUUAAGAUAAGUGUCUUAAGAAUCAUAUAUAUCUAUGAGCGUUCGAGAAAAUUGAAUUUUAAAUAUAAUUUAGGAUACCAACAUUUUAAAGAUUAAAACAUUAUACAGAAAUCUAGAAAUCUGUUCUUAAAAAAUGAUUAGUGUGUUCUGUGAAAAGCUUUAACUAUUUGAGAACCUUUGAAAGCUUGAAAGCUAAAUACAUAAUCCGAUUCUUAAAAAAGUUAAAAUUUUUUGGAAGAUAUUUUUUAUUUUCCAAGAACAUCGUAAUCUAAGAUUUGAAAAAGCUCAAGUUUAUAUAUA